CUGACGCCGCGCGAAGGGCACGGAUCUGCGGGCGGGGAGGACAUUCGGCCUCUGUGCGCCGCAGCCUGUCCCGGGGAGCGGUUGUGCGUUCGCCAUCUUAGGGAGACGAUGUUCUCGUCCGUGGCGCACCUGGCGCGCGCGAACCCCUUCCACGCGCCGCACCUGCAGCUGCUGCACGAUGGCCUCGCGGGCCCCGACAGCACCCCCAAGGGAGCCCCGGGAGCGCCCCGACGUUCCCGCCGCCUGGCAGCCGCCGCCGUGGAAGAGGACAGUUGUGAAUUUGGCUCCAUGAAGUAUUAUGCACUGUGUGGCCUUGGUGGGGUCUUAAGUUGUGGGCUGACACAUACUGCUGUUGUUCCCCUGGACUUAGUAAAAUGCCGUAUGCAGGUGGACCCUCAAAAGUACAAGGGCAUAUUUAAUGGAUUCUCAGUAACACUGAAAGAGGAUGGUGUUCGUGGUUUGGCUAAAGGAUGGGCUCCAACUUUUAUCGGCUACUCUAUGCAAGGGCUCUGCAAGUUUGGCUUUUAUGAAGUUUUCAAAGUCUUUUAUAGCAACAUUCUUGGUGAGGAGAACACUUACCUCUGGCGUACUUCCCUCUAUUUGGCUGCUUCUGCCAGUGCUGAAUUCUUUGCUGACAUUGCCCUGGCUCCUAUGGAAGCUGCCAAGGUUCGAAUUCAAACCCAACCAGGGUAUGCCAACACAUUGAGGGAGGCGGUUCCCAAAAUGCAUAAGGAAGAAGGCUUAAAUGCAUUCUACAAGGGGGUUGCUCCUCUGUGGAUGAGACAGAUACCAUACACCAUGAUGAAGUUUGCCUGCUUUGAACGCACUGUGGAAGCAUUGUACAAGUUUGUGGUUCCUAAGCCGCGAAGUGAAUGUACAAAGGCAGAGCAGCUUGUUGUGACCUUUGUGGCAGGUUAUAUAGCUGGAGUCUUCUGUGCAAUCGUUUCUCACCCCGCUGAUUCCGUAGUGUCUGUGCUGAAUAAAGAGAAAGGUAGCAGUGCUAUGCAGGUUCUCCAGAGACUUGGCUUUAAAGGUGUCUGGAAGGGACUGUUUGCCCGCAUCAUCAUGAUUGGCACCCUGACUGCUCUGCAGUGGUUCAUCUAUGACUCCGUGAAGGUCUACUUCAGGCUCCCUCGCCCUCCUCCCCCUGAGAUGCCAGAGUCUCUGAAGAAGAAGCUUGGGCUUACUCAGUAGAUCUGUCACAGCAAACACAGACUGAAUCUGCUUGUUGAUCAGUGUUGAAAGUGCAAAAGAACUUUUCUAUAUUUGAAGUGUAGGGAAUUGUCUAUUCCUGAUAUGUAAUUACUGUAGUACCCUUGCUUUAAGGCAAGAGUUUCAAACUUAUUGCUGAAAUAAACCCAUAUGUUCACGAAA